GUAAGAUUUCAAAAUUAUCUUGAUUUCAAAAUGUCCAAAUCUAUGCAACCGAGCUACUAUAUAUUUUUUAUAUGAUAAAUCAGAUAUCUAAAACGUCAUGAUUAUUAAGGUUAAAGAGGUGCUUGAAAAAGAAUAUGUUUACGAUUAACAAAAAAACACAAGAAAAUAAGAACUAUUUUUUUGUGUUUGUUUGAAAUACAUAAAAGUUACGCAGCUUAUUUUGACAAUCAUCAAAUAUAUUGUUGUAUGUAAUUCAUGUACAAGAAAUUAUUCUAAAUAAGCUUAACAACAAAAACAUUAUUUUUUUAUCUCUCUUAGAGUAAUUCACAGAAUCAAAGGAUGGAUCUUCACUGUAUGGCUCAGGAUGUUCUGCGAUGCCAUGUAUGCGAGACUCCUGUUCCCCCUAUGCACUGUGACACUUGUCACAUGCAUCUGUGUGUGGUUUGCGUAGGAGAACACCUCUUAGAUGAAUCGAAGGAACACAAAGUAGUGCCAUUCAAAAGACGAGGAUCAACAACCAAUUACCCCAAAUGCCCAAUACAUUCAACUAAACAAUGUGAGCUUCAUUGUGAAAAUUGUAAAAAGGCAAUCUGCGUACAAUGUGUUUCUUCUAAAAAACACAAAAAACAUAAAAUAGUUGAUAUUGAGAAAUCACUUGAAAGCAAAAAAUCAAUAUUACGUAAAGAUUUGAAAGAAUUAGUAAAAAUAAUUUAUCCUAAAUACCAAGACCUUACAUCAAAAGUUCUUGUUCUGAAAGAAGAUCUAAAAAAGAACACCAGUAAACUGGCAGAAGCAAUCGGCAAACAUGGAAAAGAAUUACACAAGGAAAUAGACAUUGCUAUCAAGAAAUUAUUAAGUGAUGUGGAUGAAAUAGCAUUUAAAAAAUAUGAUUUUUUAAGUAAGAAGGAAGACGAAAUCAAAUGCAGUGUAUCUGAAAUCUCAAGAAGCAUUAAUAAUCUUGAAAAAGCUUUAAAUUCCGAUGAGUUUAGCUUUGUCUAUGCCUACAUAUCAAGAAAUGAUGAAUUUAGAAGAUUGCCUCCUAAACUAACAGUUUCCUUUCCAAGAUUCAUCCCUCAGAAGAUUAAAAAAGACCAGAUAAGUCAACUGCUCGGUUCCCUGUCAACUGUAUCCAUUCCAGGAAACGAAUGUUACUAUCAAAUGGGUUCUCCUGAUGUUGUGUUCUCUCCCCAGGUCAAACCGCUCAUUGAUGAAUCCAAGAUAAUUACGGAAAUAAACACAGAGUAUGGAGAAUCUAAUGUAUUAUGCAGUGUAUCCUGUCUGAGUGAUGAACACGUUUGGACUUGUGGAAAAGACAACAUACUGAGACUUUACAGUCUUCAAGGAAAACUAGAGCAGUCAGUCCGAACCAAGUCAGGAAACGAGGCAGAGGGCAUAACUGUGACACAGGGUGGUGACCUAGUUUAUACUGAUUCAUACGAAAAAACUGUUAACAUAGUAAAGGAUACACAGAUACAUACAGUAAUCAGAGUACGAGAGUGGAUUCCUGGCUUCAUCUUUAGCACCUCUUCUGGUGAUCUUCUGGUCGUCAUGGUCAGUGAUGAUGAAACAGAAACAAAAGUCGUGCGUUACUCUGGUUCCACAGAGAAACAAACAAUUCAAUAUGAUGACAAAGGGCAACAACUCUAUUCAUCUGACCCUUACCCUAAAUACAUAUGUGAGAACAAAAACCUAGAUAUUUGCGUAGCAGACUAUUACGCCAAUGCAGUUGUGGUAGUCAACCAGGCCGGGAAACUUCGGUUUACUUACACUGGUCAUCUCUCCUCUACCACGUUACCGUUUGAACCAGUCGGUAUCACUACAGACAGCCAUAGUCGGAUCCUAACAGCAGACUGGAACAACGAAUGUAUCCAUGUUGUAGAUCAGGAUGGACAAUUCCUUCGCUAUAUUAACAAGUGUGAUUUAAACCAUCCGUUUGGUUUAUGUGUGGACAUAAGUGACAACCUUUUCGUUGCCGAAUUAUACAAAGGCAAAGUUAAAAAAAUCCAGUAUUACCUUUAAAAUAUUCAUGUAUAUAGAACUGCGAUAAAUGUUACUUGUAUAGUGUUUUUUUUAUGUGUCGAUAUAAAUAAAUACCCGAACAUUUUAAAA